AGAUGUAAAAUGCCGAGCAAGUUCUUUCUGCAAAAUACCCCACCUCUACCGACAAAUUGGAUGAACUGUUGAAAUCGGACAGUCCAUAGGGGUAAAUUGCCGCUAAUUUGUCUUCGAUCGUCAAAAAUAGUCUCGUCUACGCUCUCAGAUGAACAGGUGUGUUGAUGGAGCGCCGCCCGGAGCUGUAACAGGAGCAUUAACACAGCAGUGUGGAGAAGUUGGACUGUUGGUGAGAUGGACUCCCUACAUGUCGCCAGGUUGGGAGCAAGAUAUGGAUGAAGCCCAUUGAACACGGUGGCGGAGCUACUACCAGUGUUGUCAUCACGUGUGCUAAUGUUCUACGUCUUGUCAGAAAUUAUUUCCUCCACUCGUGUUAAGGUGGCUUAUUGGCAACGAAGGAUCGAUGGGGCAUCUCGUCUGAUGCUCUCUGUGAUCCCGUGACGUUCUCGGCGUCCUUACCUUCACGGGGAGAGACUUAGUUGGGAUUUGUUGCUUUGGGAAGAGGCGUUAUGUUCGUGCACACAGACAGACGGACAACAACACACCUGGAGUCGUUCUGACUGGAUGCACAAUGACUCAUUAUAUAAAGGCACUGUCGGCGUUUGUCUUAGAACUUUGGUUUAGAAAACGGACGUUUUGAACUAUGGAUUGACAUACGUAAUACAAGCCUUAUGUCUACUUGGAAAUGGCAAUGUUGGCCUUUACCAUUAAUUGCGUAGAUUUUAUGGUACGUGAGAGUUUGAACAGACCUGCGUCUGUUUAACGUACAACCCGCGCAGAGAACACGGUUCCUCAUUUUUCUGUUUGGUACCAGUCUGUGGAUAGACAAGCUAUGACAUCUACUGCCAGUGCUUCCGAACCCUCAUCAGCGUGGGAAGAUGCGGAUAACCCAGCCUCUCCUGCACAAGCAUACAAACCGUUUUGCGAAUUCACCCAGUUCCACCGGAAGUGUCUUUGGGGAGUGCUCCUCGCCAUCUUGAUCGCCGUCACAUGGGUUGCGUUCUCGGAAUUGGCUCAAAAUGCCAGUCAGCCGGGUUUUGACGCUCCCUUCGCCCUCUCCUACUUCUGUACGAUCUGGGUGAUCGUGUUCCUCCCCGUGUACAUGAUAAUGGUCAACGUGAGGGGGAAGAAAUCGCCAAAGGACAUUUUAAGGGACGGACUCCGCAUUUUCCAAGGACCUGACGAGUUUAAACGUGGUCCAUUUGCGGGUAAAAUAGCAAUAUUCUGCCUGGUCUGGAGUGUGACGAUUUUCACCUAUAUCAAAGCCCUUGGAUUACUGGCUGCAGCUGACGCCACGGCUCUUUAUGCAACCAACCAGAGCUUUGUUUACAUGCUGUCUUGGAUAGUACUAUUCGAGAAGUUUGUUGCAAUGAGGAUUCUUGCCAUGAUAUUCUCCAUCACUGGCAUUGUCCUCUUCGCCUACGUCGACGGCUUCGGCAGUCAGGCGAUGUGGGGGGUUGUUGUAGCUGUAGCCGCUUCAGCCGGUAUCGCCACUUACAAGGUCCUCCUGAAGAAGCUAGUUGGGGCUGCGACCUUAGGACAAAUCUCUUUAUUUCUAACAUUAAUAGGAACAAUAAACACUGCUUGUCUGUGGCCUGUGGUCCUCGCCCUGUACUACACUGGUGUCGAGGUCAUCGACUGGAACCAGUUGCCAUGGCAAUUCAUCUGUCCAACUGCUGCUUUGACUGUAGUGUACCAAAUACUGAUCAACUAUGUCGCUGUAUUGACGUAUCCACUCUUCACUGGCCUCGGCCUGGCCAUGGCCAUCCCAAUAUGUGCAGUUGCUGACUCUGUGUGGAAGGGUCGGGAGUUCUUGGGAAUGAAGAUAGCUGCCCUCGUUCUCAUCUGCAUCGGUCUACUGCUGAUCCUGCUGCCGGAGAACUGGCAUGUGGUCAUCCUGAAACCCUUCCGGGUCAAACAACAGAGGAGGGACACGGAACAGCCAGUCGGGGAAACACUACGGAGCCGUCUUCAUAGGACCACAUAUAUGUGAUUGCAGGUAGUGACACACAACAGCCGGUGUGGACGUGGAACGGACAGUCCAUGACGUCAUCGUCCACUGAGCGAACCUGUCAGUGGUUGUUGUCAAUGUCACUGCUGGAUAGGGUUUUACUCAGUUUGGCGAGGAUUUGGGUAACUUCAGUUUCGAAAACAGUGUCAUUUGAUUCUUUACUAGAAAGCUUAGUUAAGCAUUCCAAAGGAAGGUAGUGGUUUGCGUGACUACAGAGGUGAUUGGAGGAAUAAGUAAACAGGCGUCACGUAUAGAAGUGUCACAAAUUCAUGGAUCUAUGAAUAACUAGAGGACUGGCAUGUAUCUAUUGCCAGGCGGCGGAAUCCGACUAUGUUCAUCAUUGUAGAUACUGCCCUGUAUGACCAUAAGACAAUGUGACGCCACCAGUUAUUGAUACUUUCAGCUACUUAUACUAACAGACACAAAAAUGAUCGUCGACUGGUCCUAAAGCCUGAAACUGAUCCGUGUGUUAUUUGGCUGCUUCAGAGGUGUUGUACCUACGAAGGUGUGCUAAAGCCAAUGGCUAUUUGGUGAAGUCACUGCAAUGAGGAAAGGUGUAUGAGACAAACUGUGAACUUAUAUGGGAACAGUCAUCAGACAUCAAUAACAGUCAUCUUCAAGAACCACAUCAUAACAUCAUCUGUUCCCGAGACAUUUAGAUAGUCGACGAGUGUUGUAGCAUGGACAUUCAUUUAAAUUAUGAUUAACCACCACCCUCCUUCCAGCUUCUUGACAAUCAGCCGCUUAGACCGCUCCAGGUCGGGAGUCGUGGGAGAUUAGAGAUGACAGAUGCAGAGAGUCAAUUCAAGGGAGCUGUUGCUGAUGGGAGAAACUGGUUAGCCAUGCAUCAUGCUUACGAACAUGAGACAUCAUACCGCCCCAAGCUGGAAUAUGGAUCUGACUGCAUAGCCUUGUUUGUUGUAUUGCUCGACUAAUACUUGUUUUUGACGGCACGAUCUGGAACAGAGAUGAUGGUCAGCACAGACAACUAUGAACAAAAGGUUGUCGGUGGGUCAUAAUGACCAAAAUGUUUUGACUGUGUCGUCAAUCUUUCAUAGGAAAAGACUCCCAGUGUAACCAUAGAAACAGACUCAGGACUCUUUAUUAGGACAUUGUAGUGUGCUAACUGAGUAUAGCUGUACUACUGGACUCGAUGUCGUGAUUGGUUUUACACCUAUCCGAACGCUACUGUUUAAUUUGCUGGUGCCUUGAAAUUAAAAACUGGCGGUCCGUGGCUGCAAAUGUUUCUCGUUGGAUCAAAUCGAUUACGGUCCUCGACGUUUGUCGUCACUCGGUACAUGCCGCAUCGGGCCGUGAGCUGUAUCUCCGCAUCAAGACCCAGUACUACGUUGUGGACUGGACAGGGAAAGGUGUCAGAAGAGAAUGAGUUGCGUGAAGCGAUGAGGACAGAUUGCUUCAGUUAGAUACAUCCAGUGCAAGGGAGGCAAUCCAGAAUGCCAAUAUUGUACUGUCCUUGAUUGUAAGUAUUUGAGAUCUCUUCAAGUAUGAUGUUUGGAAAUUGUGAACUGUUACACAAGCUUUUCUUGACAAUGUCCUGUUGCCAUGAUCAGUGACGAAUGUUGGCAAGUUGCAGCAAUAACUUCACAAAUGAGAACCUUUUAAACGAUUUGAGCAAUGUUAGUGGCAUGUGACACAGUGGAGUAACUUGGAACCAAGACAUGGUAGAUCGAUGACAGGUGCCCUGGUCUACCUGUAUUAUUGUGUUAUUUCGCAUGUGUAAACUAACUCGCGUGUCUCAUCAUAGUACCUAACAUAGCAAUCUUUGUACAUAUCAAUAAUUUGUGACAUUAUUCCAUGUGCCAAACUUGAACUUGUUAUUAUGAGUUGGAUGUGUGUAAAUACUGGAAGUUUUAGAUCGUGUAUCAUGGAUGUGCUUGUGAGUGUUUGUUCAUGGAUAUAAAAUCAUUUAAAUAAA